CACCUCAUUCAUUUCCUCAUAUGGUCUCCUUGGAAAUAUCAAAUUGUCGCAAGUGCACAUUAUUACCUCCAUUGGGGCAAUUGCCAUCACUCGAAACUCUUUUGAUCUCUGGCAUGGAUAGCGUGAAGAGUGUUGGUUCUGAAUUUUGCGGCAAUAAUUGUGCACAAUGUUUUAGAUCCUUAAAGACUUUACGUUUUGAGAACAUGAAGGAGUGGGAGAAAUGGAGUCCUUAUGAAGAGUUCCCAAAUCUACGUAAGCUUUUCCUUUAUAGCUGUCCGAAGCUAUUAGGGAAGUUACCAAACAACAUUCCUUUACCAAAGUAUGCUGAUAUAUAUAAUUGUGCGCAGUUGAAGGUUUCACUUUCAUACUUUCCAGAUAAAUGCACACUUAAUACUGAGAGAUCCAGUGGGGUGGUGUGUGGAAACAAGGUUACAUUCAAAUCAAGAACAUUCUACACUUCACUUUCAGCAAUUUCAGAUCAAGGGGUUGAUAUGGAAGGGCUGGCAGAGUUAGAAAAUUUAAGUAUUGAAAACUGUGAGGAGCUGACGACUUUGUGGUCAGACAAGGUGGGAUCACUGCCACAUGAUCUCCCAUUUCUGCAUCAUCUCAAUAUUUAUAAUUGUCCCAAACUAGUCUCUUUGGUGGAAGAAGAAGUUGAUCAAGAACGUCUCCAACUCAAAAUCACAUCUAUUAGUAUCAAGGAUUGCAUAGCCUUGGAAUCUUUACCCAAGGCAUUGAUGUACAACAACACGUGUCUUCAGUCUAUUGAAAUCAUUAACUGUGAUUCGCUAAUGCAUUUUGCAAGAAGCCAUCUGCCUCCAACUUUAAAGAAGCUACGUAUAAGUGUGUGCAAGAGUAUGAGGAAUUUGGUGGAGGAUGAUGAUAAUGAUACAAACAACAACAAUAGUUGCAGUAGUGGCAUCACAUCUCUUCUUGAGGACUUGAGCAUUAGCAAUUGUCCAUCCCUUGAAUUCUUAACAUCAAGCGGAGAAUUACCUACCACACUUCAACGCCUCGAAAUUUUCAAUUGUCCGAAGCUGGAGUCAGUAGCGAAGAGUUUUCAUCAUAACUCAUUUCUGACAAGAAUCUACAUCUACAAUUGUGAAAAUCUUCAAUUGUUUAAUGGUGGAGAGUUGCUCCUCCCUUCCAACCUGAGACAGCUUUAUAUAUCUAAAUGUGAGAAGGUUUUGUCAUUUCCCAAAGAAGGUUUUCCCACAAACCUAACGGUACUUGUGAUCUCUCAUCUUAAAAUCACUGAAGCCUUGUUCGAUUGGGAGUUGGACAACCUCACUUCUCUUAAUGAACUUCGUAUUGUUGGAUGUCAGCAUCUGGUGUCCUUUCCAGAGAUGACAUUGCCUUCCUCUCUAACAAUCCUCGGCAUCUAUGAAUUUUCGAAUCUGGAAUGCUUGUCUUCCGAGGGCUUAAGAAAACUCACCUCCCUUAAAAUACUCCAGAUUUCUGACUGCGAGAAGCUCACGUAUUUUCCAGAGGAUGGGCUGCCUCCCUCACUCCUAGAGCUUAUAAUCUAUUGUUGCCAAAAGUUGAGGUUCUUUCCAAAGAAUGACCUACCUCCCUCACUCCGAGUACUUGAUAUCUAUAAAUGUCCUCUGCUCGAAGAACUUUACAAGAAAGGUCAGGGAGGAGCGUGGCGCAGGAUAGCUGACAUCCCUUUUGUUGGAAGUAAUGGCAAAUACAUUUAUGGCACAGAAACGGAGGAAUAAAUCCAAAUGUACUUUGAAUGUUGAAUGGUUGCGCUGAAGAGAUCCCAUCACUCCUAUUGCUUGGCCACCAAAUCUGGUUGAUCAUCGAUUGCAUGACAUGGGUAAAGAUGAAGAAGGGGAAGGAGUUCUACCAAUGUAAUAUCCUUAGGAACGAACUAAAUUGUGAUGGUUCAAAAGACUGAUGCAUGCUGUUGCAACUUCCGACUGCUAUCUGAAAAAAGGAUGUGCAAGUUGACGGAGGCAAGAAGUUGUAAACCAAGCAGCGAUGGAUGCCAUUUCUCAUAGCAAAUAACUGGCUCUAAUUGCAGCAGCAAAUUGUUGGCAUGCCAAGUCUUUCUUCAUGUUUUGGAUCACCCAAUGCUGGUAAGAGCUGGCAAGGAGGUGCUUACAACGCUCUCUCUCUCUCUCUCUCUCUCUCUCUCUCUCUCUCUCUCUCUCUCUGUGUUCAUGUAAUUUGUCAUUAUUUUAUCUGAUUGUAAAUUUGUAAUGAAUCAAAAUAAUCCAAAGUGUGAAAUGAAGGUAGCUGCUUUGAAUUUCUGAACCA